AUGGACAACACUCGUUCGGGAAUCACUUGGUUCGAUGAGGAUAAGUGGAUCGCCUGUCUUAUGUCUACGGAUCCUCAGCCGUCAACAUGGAUUAUCGAUCGAAAGCUUGCAGAGAAUGAAGACCUGGCCACCGAAGCUGACGUCAAGAAGUGCAUGAUGCCCUCCGAGGCCGGUAGCAUCUUUGUGUGUUCAAACAUCGAUGCCCCAAGUCAAGAAGCCGUUGUUAAGGCUCGGAUGCAGAUACCGUACUUCAAUACGACCUUCAAGUCUCGCCAAGUCAGGGCGCAACAUGCAGAUCCGGACAUGAGGGCACCUUCACGACGAGAGCUCAGUGCCUUCGAUUACCUCACCUAA